AUUUCAAUACCUUAAAAAUCUGUUCCUCAGAAGGUAUCCAUUUAUAUCCAUCCGUACGUGCAAGUGAACUAUUGCAGUGGUGCUAUCCAAAAUUAGGGUUUGUGGAACGCUAACAAUCUCGAUUUUCCUCUGUUUUAUUGAUCUAAUUUUUGGAGCUAAUUAAUCUGCUGCAUAUAUAAAUCCAAAUAGAGAAAAAUGGUGGAGAGGAAGCUGUACAAAACGAAACUAUGCUUGCUUUAUCAAAGAGGCCGUUGUCAUCGGCAGAGUUGCUCUUUCGCUCAUGGCAAUGCGCAGCUCCGUCGCUUCUCCGAUUCCUCUGCCGCCGGGAGGCGCGAUUUUCGCAGUCAUGACUUGAGAGAGAAGCUUGAUAGAAGGCGUUCUCCGGUGGGCAGAUACUCCUCCGAUAGAGAUGCAAGAGAGAGACAUGCAUCCCAUGGGCGCAGUCCUACUGGGUCUCUUGGGAGGAGGAGUGAUAGAAAGCGGAAGAUGAAACAUCAUUCGGAUGGUCAAAGUGAUAUGUCUGGAAGUUUGAACAUGUCGGCUGGGACAGGAGAUCACGUGAAGGAGAAAAAACAUUUAUCUUCCAGUUCCGAAGAUGUCCUUCAGCUUAGGCAGUUGCAAUCCGAAAUCGAUAUGUUGGAUGACCAAAAACGAGAACUGGAGAUGUACCUUGAAAAGACAACUCGUCAGGCAGACAGUCUAGCUUCAAAAAUUCAGGACCUUGAGAUGGAACUUGUCAAGGAAAAGGAGGAAUGUAAAAGGAUUACUUUGAAGAUCAAGAAGUUCGUGGAAUCCUACAGCAAUCACUCACGGUUAGAAGGUGAACUAAAAAGGUCAGAAGCUCAGCUUCAAAAGCUCGCUAAUAAACUCAGCUCAGAUUUGGUCGGGCCCGGUGCAAGUGAAGAGGAUUCGGCCAUCAAUAUGAGUGAUGGAGGGAUGGCUGGUGUUCAUUUUAGCUCAUUGGAUGAGCCGCAGAAGAAUACUUCACCUACCAAGAAAAGGCCGAGAAUUCAUCGUGAAGCUGAUGAAACCUCAAAUCAAGCUUCAACAAAAGGAAAAGGAAAUGCUUCGCAGAGGAUUGCUUAUCCUACUCAGCUGAAUAAUGAGAAGAAAGAUAAUGCAGAGUUCGAUUGGGAGAAUGGUUAUAAGACCCUAGUGGGUGAAGAGAAGUCCAAGAAGGGAAUAAACUUUUCCAGUGACAUGACUUUCCCAAACAAGAUUGAAAAGCAAAAGGUAUCUUACAGCUUAUCCCUGAUGCCCAAAGCCUCUGAUGUUGCUGUUGUUUUGCCAUCAACCAGCAUGGCCGCCCAUGCAGCAGAUGAAGAUGUUGAAGUUGUUGAGAUGGAGGAAAAAGUUGAAGUAGCUGGAAAUGCUACAAGAGCUGGGAAGGGAACUCCUUCUGGUAUUCCAGAAUAUCCUUUUCUACCACCUCCUCCUCCUCUCCCCCCAGGUGGUUAUUUGAAGUAUAAGGGUGAUAAUGCAGUAGGGCUUGAUGAAGAGACGGCGGAAGUGGAUAUUGUUUAGCAUAGCGAUCAAUAAGCAGCUGGUGCACAGAUGUAGAGGAAUAGAGCUGAUGAGCUGGAAAUUAUGAUCGGCCUAUACAUACAAGUUUUAGAGUUUUAAAUUAAGAUUGUUAUCAACAGGAAAAGAAACUUAGAUAACGCUAUUGAGCCUGAUUUAGAUGAGGAGACCGGAUUUCUUUUUGUAUAGCAGGUUGAUAAUAAUAGUUUAGAGUCUCUUAAUCUUUGCAUUUGCAGGGAGAUACUCUAUGAAAGUAGCUGGGGUUUGUUGGUUUAAAAUGUGUCAUAACAGGAAACAUGCUAAAUACUCCAGAAGACGAAAUGGUUAUCUUUCUAGUAUAGGUAGGACGAGUGAUUAAGUCCGCUUACCUUGCUUUUGAAAUAUCAUUUUGCAACGAACAAAUUAAUACUCCCUUAGUUUCUCCC